AUGUUUGAUGUGUUUAAUAAUGAAGGAUUACUGGAUGUAGCUGUUGCAAUUUUAAAAAUUCUUAGUCGCGAAACAUAUAUAUUAUUGUGGACAAGUGAAUGUAAACUGUUAUUUUCUGUGUUUGUUGAUAGUCUCAUGUCGAGACUUGGUGUCGGUAAUUUUAUAAACGAUGCUUCCUUUCGUGGGCUUUCCCUUUCAACCUUCAUUAUCUUCAUCGUCUGUGAGUAUCAUAAUAAUCACACAAGUCCCCAUUCAAAGGAUCACAAUCGUUCACUUGAAUGGGCUUAUAGAUCAUAUGAUUAUCUUGUAAAUUUUGACCUAAUGGAAUUGACAGAAUCAAAGUGUGUUUCCAAAACACUGUGGAAUACCGUCAAAUAUCUUGAGAAAGAAUCUGAAGAAUAUCCGAUUGAUCUAUGGAAAAAUAUUCUUUCAUCAAUUACAAUGAAAUGGAAGACAGAUCUUGGUGAAGAGUACUUUUUAUCUAUACAAGAGUUACCUCUGCUAAAUUAUUGUCCUAAUUGUAAAGAGAAUAUUGAAGAAUUAUUAGAUGAUAUAAUUAUUUCAAGUACCAGUAAUGUGACCGCUGAUUGUACAGAAGGUUAA